ACACCCUGCUGUGAUUUGCUUGUUACCACACCAUCAUGGGUAGCGCCUACCAUUGGGAGGCUCGGCGUCGGCAGAUGGCAUUGGAACGGAGGAAGGAGCUGAUGGCCCAGCAGCAACAAGAGCAGGAAGCAAAAAAACAGGAAGAGAAGAAACAGCGUUUUGAGAAAAUAUCUCAGCCAUGUCAGGAUUCAAAAGGGCCCCAACAGGAUUCAAAAGGGCCACCUAAGGAUUCAAAAGGGCCCCAACAGGAUUCAAAAGAACUACAUCAGGAUUCAAAAGGGCCACCACCUGCACAGCCACAGAAGGCACAGGCACAGCCACCGCCACCUGGGCCAAAGUCACAAAAGGAGCAAGACCCUCCUACACAGAGCACCGCCAAGGACUGUCCUCAGGACACCCAAAGGCAAGGACCCCAGACUAAACCAACAGGAGCUCAACAAGAAGGCCAGCAAUCCUGUAAAGUGUGUGAUAAACCCCCAAUCCUUCCAGGCCGUGGUAAGUGUGCCACCCGAGAGGGUAGGAGGUGGGGGAGGGGGCCCUCACCCCCAUCCCAGUCCAGUAGAAGUUCUAUUGGUCUCUGUUCUGCCCAAUCCUUCCCGGCACCCUUGUCCUCUAACAGCCUUAAGUGGCCUCCUUCUGGAUGGGUUUCCUCCAACCUAAGGCAGCAAAGGAGUUCUGAAUAGAGUGACUGGGUAGGUGUCUGUCAGCUACUUUUUUAGGGCUUGGCAGAGAAGGUGGGGAUGUUGCAGGCUAUCAGCAGAGAGAAUCUGAGCCCUGUAAAGGCUGGAAUAGGGAAGCGCAGAAUGGUUUCCUAGUGGAGAGUCUUCACGGGAGGUUCAGUCUGUGUCUAGCCCCAGGGAGGACCUAUUCCCACCCCCAGCCUCCUUAGCAACUCCCAUAUGAGUGACUCCUGCUUUGUCUUAUCAGGUCCCACGAAUGCUUGCCAGUCUAGCUCUUCUAAAUAUUCCCGACUCACGGUGAGCGGCACAGGGGCUCUGGCUAAGUGUCUGAGUGCAGGUCUGCCUGUGCCUGUGGACGCCAAAGAGGAUUUCUUAGCAUAGGUCCAGGAAGAGAACUGGAAUCAUUUCAGGUUUUGUUUUAAAAUUAUUUUUGUGGUACAGGGAAUCAAACCCAGGGCCUUGUGCAUGUUAGUCAAAUGUUCUACCCUUGGGCUAUUCUCAUUUACUCUACCCUCAAAAAAAAUAAUUUUUACUUAAAAAAAGUAGUUACUUAGGUAUUUUUGCACAUGGGUGAGUAUCUGAGGAGACCAGAAGACAGCAAUGGACUCCCUAGAGCUGGAAUUAUAGGUGGUUGUGAGCUGUCUGGUGUGGGCGUUGUCUUCAAAAUAACAUCUGUAUAGCUCUGGCUGUCCUGGAACUCAAUCAUAGACCAGACUGGCCUUGAACUCAAACACCGGCCUGCCUCAGCCUCCAUCAUGCUGAGACGUGGCCUGCUGAGCUCCUGCUGCCUACUUUUUUAGUUUGAUGUAGGAUCUUGCUACAUCUCCUGGGCUCGCUUUGAACUCACUCAGUCCCUCCAGCGAGUCUUGAACUUGAGACCUUCUCACUACAGCUUCCCAGGUACCAAGAUUACAGGCUUGAGCCUCCAGGCCAGACUACCAGCUGGUAACUCCUAAUCCUCGCAUAAAGGAGCAGGAGUGGGGGGGAAUAGGUACCAAGGGUGAGGCCGCCUGUGCAGGUUCUCAGCAGCUUAGGCUGAAGAGCAGCUGCUUUUAUUUCACUUUGAUAUUUCACAAUAUUCUCAAAGCAGCACAACCAGAAACAACUAACUUGUUUUGCUUCCUGUCUUUUUGUUUUUUGUUUUUUUUUAAGUCAACUAAUUACAUCCAGCAGUGGUGAUUCUCCAGAGAUGGACUCCAAGACCUGAUGAUACCACAAAACAAAAACAAAACCCCAAAAUCAAUCAACUGAACAAAAAACAAACACCACCACCACAAAAAAAAAAAAAAAAAAGACAGCAACCACACACUUUCUUUCCACUAGCUGGGAUUAAAAUGUAAAUGUAAUUCCUGG